GUGAAUGUGCAUCGUGUAGUGAAAACUAACAUAAAAUCUGCAAAGAUAAAAAUAGCGUUUCACGCAUCUUUGACCUGAACUGAGAGUUUGGAAAUAUAUUAUGAGAGCAUUGCGCAACGGAGAGGAGCACAAUCUUACAAAAGAUAGCAGCAGCAGCAGGAAGACGAGCACGACGAGUACAUGACCACAAGGAUAAUGGACACAUGGAGUUUGUUUAUAUACUGUGUACUCCCACACUAAGGUCUCUGGGCAAAUCGUCUAUAAUGUUCCCACUGAUAUGUAGUGGAUAGUAUGUGAAUUUUGUAAGGAGAACUACUCCAUGGACGUCUAGGCGGACACCAGGAUGACACAAGGAUGGAAUGCACUUCAGCAAGCCCAGAUUCCAUCCAACCAGAGCUCCAUCGGAACUGUAAUGGAAUCAGAGGAGAGCUUUUCUCAUGAUAUAGAACAAUUAAUUGAGAAGGAGAACCUUUCAGGCAUAAUGGAUUUGCAAGAAAUUGACAGAUAUGACCUGAAUGAAUUGAACACGGAGUCAUGUUCUCUCCAGGAUGUUUGCUAUGAAUCAUCUUUGCAUGGACCGAUUAAUUCAGCUACCAUUAAUCAAGAUAUGUUAAGGGAUAAAGUAGAAUGUAAUGGUUACAUGGCAGCAUGUAACUCGCCUAAAUCAGGUGAGUUUGAGUCUGCGUUUGAGGCACAUUCUGACAGGGAAGUAUCAAAACCUGCUUUGACAAAUGCUAAUCUUGUGGAUUAUUCAGAUAUAAGCAGCUGCUCUGAAACGGAAGCAAAUCUUGAUUGCAAUUUUAGUUCUGAAGUUAACCUGGGUGGAAACCAGUCUGGUCAGUCUUUGGAGGAAGGAGACCAAAAUUCAGAAAAUACAAUGCACUUUUCUGAUGAAUGCCAUAGUACUGGGGAAGUAAAUGGCAAUGAAACAAAUCAACAGCAGGACACUGGUGGGAGUGGACCUCCAAUGACCACGUGUGAAAGCAAAGAAGAAAAUGUAAACCAUGUUAGUGAGGGUUGGAGAGAGGAGUCACGUUUCACAAAUGUUGAGGAUCAAUGUGCAGAAGUUCAAACCAUGGAUGAUUUCAAUGGUCUUGUGCCUUUGUCAAAAGAAAAGAAAAUUGGGGAAAGAGACAUUCUUGCUCAUGAUUCAGGAUAUCCUGUAAAUGAAACCAUGGUGCAUUGCAAAGAACUUGGUACUUCUCUGGAUGGUUCCACUUGUGUCUUGUAUAAAGUAAAUCAUGAGACCCCAUUCACUUUGAAAGGAGAUGAAAACAAUUGCUUAACCAUAGAUUCUCUAAGUGGAUGUAAAAUGGAUGGAAAGAAACCAGAUCCUGAAAAUACAUCCUCUUCCAAUGAAGAUCAAGGUGUUGAGCGGAGUAGUUUUGGUUUUCUUGAGACUUGUUUUGGUUUAAAAAGUUCAGAGCAAAACAUUGAGGAUCUUAAACACCUGGAAUAUGUACAAGUAAAUCACGUCGAUGAUACAGAUUUUUCAGUUGUUGAGAAUGUGACCCAGAUCCCAGAGAGAGAUUUGUUUAAUCACAUUGAACCACCAAUUCUCCUAAAAAUUGCAGUUGAAUCUAAAAAUGGGAUUCAAAAUGGUGAGGAAAUCAAUGCACCAAAAGAUCCACCAGUACUCAGUGCUUGCCAGACACCCACAACCUCCUUAAGUCAUGUGCUGCAAAAUGUUUUGUCUGAAAAUGCCAUCAGUGAAAGCAGAUUUCCUUUAUCAUCUUUCAAGACACAAACGAGAAAACUGCAGCCUGUUGUUCUCCUUAAGACAACUGAGAAGAGUACGUCUGAUGGAAAAAAAUACCAUUGUUUUAAAUGCAGAGAGUCCACACAAAGUUCAGAUGAGCUCAUCGAGCACUACCAUUGCACUCAUUCUUUGCAUGAGUCUCAGUAUUGCCCCACUUGUAAAUCAUAUCUCACUGGUGGUACAUUGUCUGGACAACAUAUCUGUGGAAAUGUCAUGCUAAAUUAUCAGUUAAAGUCUUUAACGUACACCAAAGGGGUAAUUGAGGAGAAAGGAAAGUUUGUAUGUAGAUACUGUACGAAGUCCUUUGUUCGACAAACGUUUCACCAAGAACACGAGUUGAGGCACAUAUUUGUCACCCAACAUAGAUGUAAACGUUGUGGAUUAUACUUUUCUAGUGCUCAAAAAUGUCAAAGUCACAAACGUAAAGCACAAUGCCAACCCUUGAUACUAGAAUCUUCUGUACAGACUGUAGAUCAUGCAGAAUCAACCCUUAAAAAUUCAGACAUAAACUUUGAGCUUGAAACAGAUUGCUCCAAUACAGGACUCUCUGAUUGUUAUGUAACACUCGUGGAUGUAUGCAAUAGAAACCAGUCACCUGAACAAAUAUGUUGUCAAAUUUGUGGGAAAAGUUUCAGACUCAGAGCACAAUUGAAAUCCCACCAAAGAUCACACUCUGAUGAGAAGUUGUUUAAAUGUGAGUACUGUGGCAAAGCAUUCAAAUAUUCAUGGAAUCUUAACAAGCAUAAAAGAGAGAAGUGUUGUAAAAACAUUGUCCCACUAGAAAAACCUUCUGUUCCAGAGAGUAGACUUCAAGAAAAUUUCAAAUGUCCUAUCUGUACUCGAGUGUUUAAGUACUCCUACAAUCGGACAAGGCAUUUACGUGAACAGUGUCUCAAAGAGUACACACAAAAAGGCAAAGGAAAGAUUGGUGAAAACAAGUAUCGAUGUCCUUUGUGUAAAGAUGUCUUUACCUUGGCCGGUAACCGCAAGAGACAUAUCUGGAAUACCUGCGUCAAGCUUAAGAUGUACACAGCCAAAAGAUAUGUGAAGAGAAGAAAGGAGAUCAAGGAAACAAUCAAAACCAACAAUGAGGGCAAAGAGUUACCAUUGACGCUACUAGUACAAAAUCAGCCGCAUUACAAAUGUACUUUUUGUCCAUCUGUGUAUGCUAGCAAAUCUGGAUUCUAUGGGCAUCUAGCAAAGCAUAAAUUACUUGCAAAAAACAAAAAGGCAACCAAAUACAAACAUGUUAACACGGUUGUCUUGAAAAGCUCAUGCUUUGCCGGUCAAAGACCAACUGACAAGGAGUCUACUGAUGAGGAUGUAAUUCUUCCUUUCUCUUGUCGCUUCUGUGGAAGAGCCUUCACUUCAUCUCACUCAUUCAAAAAGCAUUUACAACAUCAUAAAGGAAACAAACCUUUUCGCUGUUUAGACUGUGGUCAAAAUUUUGCUAGACAUGGAAACUUAAUGACUCACAAAAAUGUGCACAAGCGGAAGUUACAGUGUUCAGACUGUGGGAAAGUUCUGCCAUCAAUUGGAGAUUUGUUAAAACACAGACUGUCUCAUCCAAAUAAAGGCUUGCUCAAGUGCCCUGAUUGCCCAAUGCAGUUCAGAUUUCCUGUAUUCCUUCUUCGGCAUGUGGUUGUUCAUGAGAGAAAGCGCUCCAUUGAACAAGCUACAUCUCAAAAGGUAAUUCCCAAAGAGGAAAUUCCCAAAGAGGAGUUUAAAUGUGCUCUCUGCCAAAAAGCCUUUCAUGAUUCAAAGGCACUAAGCGAGCAUUGUUUAACUCAUAUGCCAGGACCUUCAGCAUCCAAAUGUCAGUUCUGCAAGCGUGAUUUCUCUAGCCGCGCUGUGCUGAUUCGCCACAUCCGCCUUCACACCGGUGAAAAGCCUUUUCCAUGUGUGCAGUGUGGAAUGCACUUCCACAGACAGGAAGCUCUUAAAUUGCAUCAGGAGAAAUGUACUGUGGUACAGAAACCUUGUAAAUGCUCAUACUGCCCACAAUCAUUUCGUUUUCCCAACAAUUUGGAAUUACAUGAAAGAGCCCACUUAGCCAAAACACUUUUUCCUUGUCCAAAGUGUGGAAAGUUUUACAGUAAAAAAAAAAUUAAAGCACAUGAAAGUGUAUGCAAUUGUGAAGAAUUAAGACCUGCUUGCAGAAACUGUGGUAAACCUUUUAGCAGUAAAAAAUACAGAAGUGAUCAUGAAGUGCAGUGCCAGGGCAAGAUAUCAAACGAAACCGUAACAAAUGGCAAGAACCGAUUUAAGCAGCGAUGUCCACAUUGCUUUAAAGGCUUUAGAUCUAAAGGUUUUCUCCUGCGACAUCUUUCUAUUCAUUCUGAGGAAAAAACAUAUGCAUGCAUGCAUUGUGGACAGAAAUAUGAUAGUCAGCAGCGAUACUUGCAACAUGAGGCUUUUUGUAAUGGUGUGUCCAAGGAACGUGGAUUGGAAAAUUUGAGUGGAACGGAGAAAAUUAAAUCUACGUUUACUGCAGAAAAAAAGCGGAAAGAUGUCAAGAGAGUUUCAGGAGAAAAUGUUGGGGAAUUUAAGUGUAAAUUUUGCACCAAAUCAUUUUCCAGACCCAGAUAUCUAAGACGGCACAUUCUCACUCAUACAGAGGUCAAGCCAUAUCGGUGCAAGACAUGUGAAAGUUGUUUCUCACGCUAUGACCAUUUGAAACUGCACCAAACCCGCUGCAGAGGAAAGAGUCGACUUGAGGUGCGAGUAGUCAAGAUGAGUCUAGACAGCUUGACUACAAGCUGCCAAAGCAAAGAGCAGCAAGAAAAUGAAGCAUUGCAAUGCAAAAUAUGCUCCAAGCAGUUGUCCACCCUUAGUGAUUUGAAGAGUCAUAUGACAAUGCUGCACAUUACUGAUAAACCUUUUCCUUGCAAAAGAUGUGGUAAAUCUUACAGUUCUAUAAAGACUUUGAGGAAACAUAACCUCACGAUCAAAUGUAAGAGGGUUUUAAAGGAAAGUGAGCAGUCUGCCAAGAACAAUGUUCCAAACCAACCGUGCAGAGAAACAUCAAAACUUUUGCAACGUAUACAGGUACACUACAUUAAUAAAUUUAAGUACCAAUGUGAAUAUUGCCCCCGCCGCUUUAAGUUACCUGGACAGCUGAAGGUGCAUCUACGUCUUCAUACAGGGGAAAAACCAUAUGGUUGUGCCAACUGUGGAGAGCAUUUCAUCAGAACCGACUACUUGAAACGGCACUUGAUUAAAUGCAUUGGAAAGGGCAAAAGUCAAGAAAAAGUCCUUUGUGACAAUUGUGGUGGCCUGUUUACCCGGGAUGCACUCUUGGUACACCAAAACACCUGUGUCGUAAGCUCAAAAUCCUCUGAAGUGGUUAGGAAUGCCAAGAGCCCCAUCAAGAUAAAAGGAUUUUCCUGUACUUUCUGUAGUGACCGCUUUUUAUUGUUCUCACAGCUCCAGCAGCAUUUUUUGUCAAAGCACAGAUCUGAUCAACCCCAAGAGUCAAAUGAAGGUCAACAGCAAUUGGAAUCAAGUAAUCCGCAAGUCAUAAAGCAAGAGCCAGUUGAUGAAGAGUAUGAACAGAACCAACCAAGCAGCAGUCAGAAACCUGCAAAGGAGCAAUGCAAGAAGUCAUACAAAGACCUUAACAAACCUCUUGAAUGCCCACAGUGCCACAUGCGAUUUGUCAAUACCUCAGGGCUGGGUAGGCACAUGCGCAUUCAUAGUGGAGUCUACCCACUUUCCUGCAAAAAAUGCCAUAUUGGUUUUUGGAGCAAAAAGAGCAUGGAGAAUCACAGAAAAAAAUGUAGAGGUCACACAAUCAUCACAAAUAAUAACUCUACCCUGGAAAAUGCAGGUGAAUUGGAAGGCUAUCAAAAUGACACUGUGCUUGUGUUUAAUAAGGGUUCCAACACAACAGGAACUGGAGUACUGCAGACCAAGUUUUCAUGUAAAGAUCAAGACACAGAAAAUAGUGCUGAUAAAGGAGAUGCAGCUGUUCACAAGUUCUCAUGUAAAGAUCAAGACACAGAAAAUGGUGAUAAUAAAGGAGAUGCAGCUGUUCACAAGUUCUCAUGUAAAGAUCAAGACACAGAAAAUGGUGAUAAUAAAGGAGAUGCAGCUGUUCACAAGUUCUCAUGUAAAGAUCAAGACACAGAAAAUGGUGCUGAUAAAGGAGAUGCAGCUGUUUACAAGUUCUCGUGUAAAGAUCAAGACUCAGAAAAUGGUGAUAAUAAAGGAGAUGCAGCUGUUCACAAGUUCUCGUGUAAAGAUCAAGACUCAGAAAAUGGUGAUGAUAAAGGAGAUGCAGCUGUUCACAAGUUCUCGUGUAAAGAUCAAGACUCCGAAAAUGGUGCUGAUAAAGGAGAUGCAGCUGUUCACAAGUUCUCGUGUAAAGAUCAAGACUCCGAAGAUGGUGCUGAUAAAGGAGAUUCAGCUGUUCACAAGUUCUCAUGUAAAGAUCAAGACACAGAAAAUGGUGCUGAUAAAGGAGAUUCAGCUGUUCACAAGUUCUCAUGUAAAGAUCAAGACACAGAAAAUGGUGCUGAUAAAGGAGAUGCAGCUGUUCACAAGUAUCAGUGUUCUGAGUGUGAUCAGAGUUUUACAGAUGGACUUAGACUUAUAAGCCAUUUGGAGGAACAUGGUCGUGAGAAUCAACAUAAAUCAGGUGAUGUUCACCGAUGCCAUGUGUGCAGUAAAGUUUUUGGUCAAGCUGGCUUAUUGCAGAAGCAUGUAAACAUUCAACAUAAGAAAAAAACAGUAAAUACCUGUCCAAUAUGUUUCAAGAGUUUUCGUUUUCCUUCUGACGUUGACAUCCAUAAAUCUUGUCAUGACCCGAAUCGCCCCUUUGUCUGUAACAAGUGUGAGUUCAGGUAUUGGACUGCUAAAUCUCUGAGCAUUCACCAAAGGAUGGCUCAUCCUUUGGGAGAACUGCCCAAAUCAAAAGAACCUAGUGCAAAAGCAGGAACUGAGCUCCCUGAUGUAUAUAGGUGUCAUCCAUGUGACAAAACCUAUACAUUAAAAUCGUCAUAUGCAAAGCACUGCAGACUAAAACAUGGACCGAAUUCAGUCAAAAACCUUGUAGAUAAUGAAUCCAAAAAAUCCUCUGUGAUUCAGGAGUCCGAUAAGGAAGAAUCCAAUGGAGAUUUUGAAGAUGGAGAUGACAGCGACAAUGACUCCGAUUCAGCACCAUACUUUCCUUGCCAUGUUUGCGGAAAAACGUUCUUAACAUCUGAAAGUCUUGAGGAUCAUCAAAGAUGCCAUCUUGGUGAAAAACCUUUUGAGUGUGAGGAAUGUGGGAAGUGUUUCUUUCAGCUAGCAAACCUGCAACAACAUCAGCGAAGCCACAAAUCUGAGUUUCAGUGUCAAAUGUGUGGUAAAGGUUUUGUCUCACUCUUUGCCUUGCGCAAGCACAAGCUAAAGCAUGUUAGAAAUCGUCCUCACCAUUGCACAAAGUGUCAUCUGAGCUUCACAAGCUCAUCUGAUCUAGCUGAGCACAUGGUUACGCACCGCGAUGAAAAUUUUCCAUGUGACCUUUGUGAUAAAACCUUUUCCUGCAAAUCAAGUCGUGCUGAGCAUCGAAAGAUACACACAGAGCAAGAGGAAGAGCUUCCUCCGUUAAUUCCACCUGAACAGCCACAAACUAAGAAAAUUACUUCAGCUGUCUCAAGGAGAAGCCUUCCAUCAAGUAAUGUUGAGCAGUACAAGUAUUGUUGUGGAAUAUGUCAAGUGAGGUUCUCCGAUCCAGAGCAGCUUUCAGAACAUGGGUGUAAUCCAGCAAAAGAGCGACCAUACUCGUGUCCAGAAUGUAGCAAACAUUUUUUACAUGGUUCUCACCUAAAGAAGCAUCAGCUCAGCCAUCAGUUGUCAGGACCACGUUCUUAUCAGUGUAAUCAUUGCAACAUGAGUUUUAACCUCCACCAUCUUUAUCUCACUCAUUUACGAAGCCAUGGGAAUGAAGAGGCUUCCACUGGUUCAAUUGUUUCUACUAGUGACAAGAGGAUCCAUACAGAAAAUGCAAAGCAUGAAAAAAUUUACCAAUGCCCAAUAUGUCCUGAAAGUUUUGAACAAGCAAUGGAGCUAGCAAAUCACCUAUCUGUUCAUUCUCAUAAGUGCAGUGUUUGUAAUAUGACUUUUCCAUCAAAGAAAAACCUUGAGGAACAUGAAAAAUGCCAUUUGUCUGCCGCUACACAGUAUGAAUGCACUGAAUGCGGUGACAGCUUUCUUGGCAGUGAUGCUUUCCGCAAACACAACUGUAGGAAUCGAAAGAUGCCAUUGUCGCAAAUGCACCCUUCAGUGUCGUCUGCUGCUUACCCCCUCUUCAAAUUUGAAGUUAAUAAUGAUGAAGAGGAGGAGGUUGAUGUUGGAGAAGACUUCAUUAACUGCCCCAUUUGUCAAAAACGGUUCUCCUCCAAUAGUAGUUUAGCAGACCACCAUAAGAAGCAUCAUGAAGAUCCCCGUCCAUUUAAAUGCUUGGUUUGUAAGAAAGGGUUUACAAAAAAGAAGUACCUCACCCAGCACCAGCAGAUACACAGCGAACGGCCUUACAAGUGUAAUGUGUGCUCUGAAUCCUUCAAAACAGAAUCAGCACUCAUAUCUCACAAUAAAACACAUGACAUAAAAAGGAAACACCAGUGCUCUAUAUGCAAGAGAUCCUACCUGACAGCACAUGAUCUUUUAAAACAUGAACGCAAACAUACUGUAGAAAGUUUUAGGAAGGACAAUGGAGAUUUCCGCUGUGAUAUGUGCUAUAAAUCCUUUACCAUGCCUUCACAGCUGCGACAGCACCAGGAAACGCAUGUAGGACAAAUCGUCUAUGAAUGCACAGAGUGUGACAAAGCAUUUGCUUUUCUAAGUCUUUUGGAGGAGCAUCAGCAACAAAGUCAUCCUGUUUCUGCAGAAUCUCUCGAGUCCCAAUCACCAACCUAUUUUCCUUAUCAAAGCCCAGUGACUGAAUAAAGGGCAAAUUAUUGAUGAAUCUGUUUCCUGCAAUGCAGGUUAUUCAAACUCAUUCAGUUUUCUGAACAUUAUUUGUAACAGAAACCGUACAUACACUUCAAUGUUCUUUUUAUAUAGGCCUAACUGUUUUUAUCUGCUAUAAAAUAUGACGUUGGUAUAUUACAUUUGUUCUGAAUCAGUCUGCAAAUCUGUUCUCCUCUAUAGUUCUGUUAAAUGCUCACUUAGAGUUCUAUUUGUACAGUACUCUGACUGAAUUGUGUAUAUUGGAUUGAAGCAGUCUAGAUGAUGUAUGGAGCUUUAGGUAUAUUUGUAUGAAUGAAGUAGCUUUAGACAUGUUAAAAAUCCUUUGUUACAGUCAUUUUUGGCCUUGUUACAUGUACUAGCCAUUGCAUUUAAACAUCCUUAAAAUUAAGAGGAAAUGGCUAAUGUUAAUAUUUUGUAGUAAUUAGCAAUGUUACCUUUUUUAUUAUUAGCCCUGUCCAUUUCUAAACUUUUACGGUCAUUAGACAUUAGUUAUGAUGUAAAUGCCUUCCUGAGUUCAAAUCGUAUUGUUUUAUAACAAUGGAAAUUUAUCUUUUAAUUGAGAAGUCUCACUUGAAUGGCUUUGCUCAUAAAACACCAAGUUUUUCAUUGAUGAGGUUUAUAAAUGGUAGUUAAUAUUCUAGCCUCUAGAGUUUAAAACUUCAUUAGUACUCAAAUAAAUAUGGCUAUGAAAACCUGAUGUGUAGUUGUACUUUUGUAUUAAAUGGUAAUGUUGAGAAUUUCUUCAUCGAGCAAAUAAAUACU